AUGCCCGCCCCUCAUGCCCAUUCUUGGGGGUCCUUGAUCUAUGUUAUCAUUCCCUUAUUUUCUGGCUGCGUAUGGCUGGCUAUGCUUCUGGGAAUGCUUUUAUGGUGGACGGUCGAAGAAGGGUCCCCAUACCUUGCGCCAAUGAGACGAAAUCAAACCAUUGCAUACAUCUCAGACGUCGGCGCCCAUAGCCUUCAACCUCUAUUCAUAGCUAUGGGCACAGUGUCAGUUGUAUCCUUCGAUAUCGUCUUCAUCGCCGAACGCUGGCUUCGACACCGCGGCAAGCUUGCACCAAACACCUCCUCGCUUCAAAAAGGACUCUCGAUUUGCGCCAUAAUCGCUGCAAUGGUCGGAGCCAUCGGCCUCAUCCUCCUAACCUGUCUCAAUGAUCUCCACCACAACAAAGCCCACGACGCCUGCCUAGUAAUCUUCAUUGCCGGCUACAUCAUCUCCGCAAUCUUCAUCUGCUGGGAGUACCAGCGUCUCGGCAUCCACCACCGCCAGCACCGCAUCCUGCGCAUCUCCUUCUGGAUCAAACUCACCUUCAUCUUCAUCGAGCUCGGCCUCGCGAUCGCGUUCGGCGUCCUCGGCGAUAAGGACCACUAUAAUGCGGCUGCGGUGUGUGAGUGGGUUAUUGCGCUCAUAUAUGCGUUUUACGUGUGGAGUUUUGCGAUUGAUUUUAUUCCUGCUGUGAGGACGAGGCAUUAUGCGAGUAAGGAGACGGAGUUGGAGAUGGCGACUGCGAUGGAGCAGGACAGUAGGCAGAGAGGCUGGAAUGGGAGUGCGAUGGAGCAGGGUGCUUAUAAUGGGCGAGUUGGGCAGGGCGCGCCUGAGCCAGCCAGGAAUUUUUAG